AUUUGUGACGUGUGUUAAAUUAUUAAACCGCCAAAAUAAAGCUCAAAAUGGACGGAUCCUCGGUGAGCCCCCUUCCCUGUGAGGCUCCGCUAGCGAUGAUGGAGAGCGAAAAGACACCACCGAGAAGUCCCAGCCAGCACGAUAUGCCACCGCCACCGGACGAAAAGAGAUAUGACGACGAUGAUGAUCGCGUCUGGAACUGUGGCGCAUGGUUCGAGUACAUACUGGUCGUGGUCGUUUCCUCGAUCCUGCUGAUUGCGGCCUCGGUGCUGACCAUCUUCUGGACGAUCUACUACCGUAAGGGCUUCAACAUGGACGACCCGAAGCUACAAUUUAACCUCCAUCCCGUGCUCAUGAUCGGUGGCUACAUUACACUGUCAGGAUUCUCCAUUCUGCUCUACCGAAUCUGUCGAUGCUGCUCGCAUUUGAUCGUGAAGCUGUGCCAUACCUUCUUCCAUGCCUGCUCGAUUCCCUGCAUAGUGAUCGGCUUCAUGGCUGUUUGGGACUCGCACAACCAGCAGCAGAUUCCGAACUUCUAUUCACUGCACUCCUGGCUCGGCAUGAUCACGAUGGGACUGUUUGCACUCCAGUUUGUGCUAGGAUUCUUUAGCUUCCUCAUUCUGCUGUGCUGCGAGAACGCAACAUACAAGUUCCGUUCCACAAUGGUUCCCAUCCAUGCCAGCUUCGGGGUGGCCACGUUCAUGCUCGCCAUAGCUACAGCUGUAACCGGUUUGACCCAGAAGGCUCACUUUGAACUUGGUGAAAAUUACUCACAAACCGUUGAAGAGGGCAUCAUAAUGAACUCAAUCGGCGUCAUCCUGACCGGUCUCGGUAUCAUCAUUCCCUUUGCAGUGCGUCGCUCCAACUCUCCGGCCAACUGCAAGGUUUACGUCACGGAACGUAUCUAAGCAA